CGCUUCCACCACGGUUUUGACUUUUUGACUCCCCUCGUCCUCCCUCUUUCAAAUUUCAAUUUCUUCUCACUCCCACUCCCACUCCCACUCCCAUUCCCACACCCUCUCCCUCUUUCCGAAUUAGGGUUUCUGCUAGCAAGAUGGCGUCUUGGUGACCUCAGAAGGAAGUAGAAGCGACGGAAAAGGAGAUAUUUUCGGGCGGAGAUCUGCUGCUUCGAUCUCUAGGUGGAAACAUUGAAAAUUGGAAACUGAAAUGAGCGCCUCCAGGUUCAUAAAGUGCGUGACGGUCGGCGACGGCGCCGUCGGCAAAACCUGCAUGCUGAUUUCCUACACCAGCAACACCUUUCCCACGGACUAUGUACCGACUGUUUUCGACAAUUUCAGUGCAAAUGUUGUUGUGGAUGGGAGUACUGUCAACCUGGCUCUAUGGGAUACAGCUGGGCAGGAGGAUUACAAUAGAUUAAGACCAUUGAGCUAUCGAGGGGCGGACGUUUUUAUCCUUGCUUUCUCUCUCAUAAGCAAAGCCAGCUACGAAAACGUUGCAAAAAAGUGGAUUCCUGAACUGCGCCAUUAUGCACCUGGUGUUCCAAUAAUUCUGGUUGGAACAAAGCUCGAUCUUCGGGAUGAUAAACAAUUUUGUAUAGACCAUUCUGGUGCAGUUCCCAUUACUACUGAUCAGGGAGAGGAAAUGAAGAAACUGAUUGGAGCGCCUGCAUACAUUGAGUGUAGCUCGAAAACACAACAGAAUGUGAAAGCUGUUUUUGAUGUGGCCAUUAAGGUGGUGCUUCAGCCACCGAAGCAAAAGAAGAAGAGAAAGGGGCAAAGGGCUUGCUUCAUAUUGUGAAGGAACAAGUAGAUUUAUGAGCUGAUUUGCUGACUGCCGACCUUUCUUCACCGCUACCUCCUCUGUACUCGAAGUCCUUGCGGAAGCAGCAAACCGUGGUGUAUGUAUAGUAUGUACUGACAUUUUAUGGAUUCAUGUGAUAGCUUUAGAUGGUUUGUUUAAGACUUAUGUUCAUGUAUUUAAGUGACAGUUAGCUUUGCUAACACAUGCAUUUCUCCGUCUUUCUCAUAUAUUGCAUCGAACUCUUUCUGGAUAAUGUCUGUAUAACAUAGUUCACAGUUCAAUACCAUA